CUGCUGUCACCAUGGUGAUAUUUUCCUGGACGUUUGUGACUCUCUUGUUGGUGUCCUCUGCCUGGGCUGAAGAAGAGGUUUCCUCCCGGAGAGAUGUCCCUUCCAGAGAGCCGUCUGUGGGUGAACUGCUGGAGAGAGCCAACAGAAACCGCAUUCCUGAUGCUGAUGAGCCCGCCCUGAUUGGAGGAGACAUUGCCAUUAAAUCUGAAGCGGACAGAAAUGCUGACCCCUGCACCUCCAGAGGCUGUCUGUGGCUCAAGUACACUGACGGAAACGUCUACAUCCCCUACUACAUCGCCAACAAUUACUCGGCUCGUGAGAGAGCCAUCAUUGAGCGUGGCCUGCAGUCCUUCUCCUCCUUGUCGUGCAUCCGCUUCAGACCUUACCAGAACGGAGACCAUGAGUGGAUCAGCAUCGAGUCCAGGAACGGGUGCUACUCUUACGUGGGCCGACAGGGGGGAGCUCAGACUCUGUCUCUGGAUCGUUUUGGAUGUCUGUAUCACAGCACUGUCCAGCACGAGCUGCUCCACGCUCUGGGCUUCAACCACGAGCAGACCCGCUCUGACAGGGACAAUUACAUCAGGGUGCACUGGGACAACAUCAUGGACGACAUGGCCUACAACUUUUACAUCAUCGACACUCUGAACCAGGGCACUCCCUAUGACUACAACUCUGUCAUGCAGUAUGAGAGGUACGCCUUCUCCAAGAACAACUUGCCCACCAUGGAGCCCAUCCCUGACCCCAAUGUGAUCUUUGGCCAGGCCACUGAGAUGAGCCAGAAUGACAUCAUCCGCCUCAACAGGCUCUAUCAGUGCUAGUCAGCAGGGACCUGAUGGACCACAUCACAACACAGAACUUUGGUGAAUCAAAGUGGCAAUAAAUGUCAACAUAACAAUACAUAAACCAGUAUGUAGGCACAGUUCUGGUCAUUAAAAAUGUCCAACAGAACAACUCUUGAUUUCAAUAUUCUAAAAAAAAUGUCUAUUUGUAUACAUUUCUGUAAUAGAUCAAAGUGACAAGGCACUAGCAAGUAGAUACAAUAUGAACAAAUGUUCAAGUAUAUUGUCUGUAAAUAAAACAAUUAGAAAUGAGAGCAAAAAGAAAUGAUUAAAAUAAAAUGGACACGUCUAAUGCAA